CGACCACUUGCUAUUAUUGCCUCCUUUCCGGCGUAGUACUGCACUGCCGCUCGCUGCCUUCCCCCGCUCAUUGUUUGCAGCAGGUGCGUGAUAAUUCGGAGGGGAACGAGUGACGUCGACGAGAGGCAGGCCGGCGUCCAUGGGGAGGACUCCCUGCUGCGACAGCAAGGUGCUCAAGAAAGGGCCGUGGACGCCCGACGAGGACAAGCUCCUCGUCGACUACGUCCAGGCCAACGGCUCCGGCAACUGGCGCCUGCUCCCCAAGCUCGCCGGGCUGAACCGGUGCGGCAAGAGCUGCCGGCUGCGGUGGACGAACUACCUGCGGCCGGACAUCAAGCGCGGGCCUUUCACCCCGGAGGAGCACAAGUCCAUCCUCCAGCUCCACGCCAUCGUCGGCAACAAGUGGUCCAUGAUCGCCGCGCAGCUGCCUGGUCGGACGGACAACGAGAUCAAGAAUUACUGGAACACCAACGUCAAGAAGCAGCUCCGCCAGGGCCAGGCGGCCGCCGUCGGCGAGCAGGCCGCGCUGGCGAGCCUCGGCGGCGGCGCGGCCAGCUGCCCCGCGGCGCGCCACAUGGCGCAGUGGGAGACCGCGCGCCUCGAGGCAGAGGCGCGCCUCUCCCUCCUCUCCGGCACCACCUCGGUCGCGACCGCCAGCGUCGCUGCCUCCUCGUCCUCGUCGUCCACAGCCGCGGCCGGCGGCGCCGAGGCGCCGCCGGACAUCUACCUGCGCCUCUGGAACUCCGAGGUCGGUGACUCGUUCCGCAAGUCCGCGCGCUCGGCGGCGCGCGAGGAUCAAGAGCCGGCGAACGCAUCAGACGAAGCGGCGCCGGUCUCGGCGACAUUCGCACGACCCGGCGACGACUCCUCGGCGGCGUCCAACGUGACCGCGGCCGCGGCGGCGGACGAGUACCAGGUGUUCCUGGACCUGGCGGCCGAGGACUUCGAGCUGUUCCACGGCCGCCACGGCGGGUUCCCGCUGUUCCCGGCGGUGGACAUGCUCGGCGAGACAUCCCUCUACACCGCGUUCGACUAAAAGCUCAUGAUCAGUUUCAGUGGCUGACGUACGUAUACGCGCGUGCCACGCUGAUGCACGCGUACGUGUACGUACAUACGUACACAAGACACACAUGCGAUUUUGCUUGCGUGUCUUGUGUCACCCGUGGCGUAUGUACGUACGUGUACCGUCGUGAUGCGUGGAUGACCGUGGCUAGGGCAGCUGGAGUUUUUUUUGCGACUGCUCUAGCUAGAGCGAGUAUACCAGUGGCGUUGAUGGUGAUGAUGUAGACUUGUCAAACUUUUUUUUUUCAGUUUGUGCAAACAGAUCAGCGUUUCUGUGUUUUGUUGAUUA